UUUAAAUGAUAACGACUUUAUUCAUACGUUGUAUGGGGAUAAAGUAUUUAAAGUCUACAAUGGAAAUAGCUGUGACGAUGUAACCGUCUAUUAUUUUUCUAAUCAUCGGGGAAGACAUGUCUUCUUCCAAUGAAAUAAUAGAAUCACGCUUUUCCGCUAAAUAUGGUAAUUUACUUAAAUGGCCAUAUCAAUCCAUACCGGGAGAUCACCAACAUAGUUUUGAAAGCAUAAGUAGUGAGUUUGAUGACGAAGAUAUCAACGGACUUGUUUCCCAUUUAGAAUCAGAAUCAGGACAGAUGCUGCAAACACAUGGAUGCCAUAGGACCUCAUUUUUGACGAAAUUGCAUUCAAUUGAAAGUAACAGAAAAGGGACAAAUGGAGAUGAAAAAAUCUAUAUAAAAACACUCUUCGACAAGACCCUUAACUCACUACAGGAGACGUACACAGUGUUCCAAAACAGCAAACUUCAUCUAGCUGGCAGUAUGGGCGAACAAACCAAAGUUGGCAGACCAGAUGAAUUCGAUUUCGUUAUUAUUCUACCACAACUAUCAGAGAUAGAUAUAUUUUAUCCAGACCGUAUGGAUAAAAAUAAACAUAUCCGUGAAUUUGCCAAAGAUUUCAAUUUUGGAUACCCGGAUGCAUUUACAAAUGAUAUCAGAUUUGGAAUACAUGAAUUGCUACUAGCAGCAUUGGUUGAAAAUUUGAAUGAUGAUUGGAAAAUAGUGCUGACGGGUUGCAAUUUCUUUACUAGAAAAACUGCUGUAACCUUUCAUUUGGUUCGUAGCGCAGACUGUUUUGAAGUAGAUAUCGAUGUUACUAUUUUGAUUCCUUUUAGCAAGGCCACACUCUCCCCACAUGCAGAUGACUUGAAAAUAAAGCAGUACUAUAUAGAUAAGUUAGCUAACGACGACGGAGUUAUCUAUGCUAUUUUCAGAUAUGAAAACCACGCAUUUCGACCAAGCAAAGCUCAUCUUGAGAAAGCUCUUUUAAAAACAGAGAGCAGACAAAGGGUUUACACUGUAGCAAAACUCAUUGUUAAAACAUUUUUACCGACAAUGGAGGUUCGCGCACAUUGUAGACGAUGCAAGGAAUCAAUAAUUGGCUCGUAUACACUUAAGAACAUCCUUUUUUAUAUGAUACAUGCUUAUCCAGAUGAUUCAUGUUGGUCUGACGGUCAUUUUAGCACACGCGUAGUAGAACUCUUUGUUAUACUUAAACAUUGUUAUGACCAAAUCUUUUAUAACUUUGUUGAAUACGUCUCGAUGAAAACGAAACAUCUUGAAAACAAAUUAACAUAUUCACCAUCUUUAAAACUUUUGAUUCCAAAAGAUGACACAGUGACCAGCGAUAUCAGACAAAUGGAUAAAUGGAUAAAUCAGGAAAAAGAAUAUGAGGGGUCAACAUUUCGUGAGUUGAGUGAAAUACACUUCCAAAUGAAUGCCAAACGAUUUGGGUCAAAUGCAGAGUUAUACACGAGGACUAGCAUAAAAGACAAAGUGAAGUUUUACUAUGGACACUUUGAUGGAGAGAUCGAUUUUAAUCCAUUCGAAAGUACACCAGGCAAACGGAAGAUCGAUCCUAAAGAACCAAAAAUAGUCCAUAACAAUGCAACUCCUCUUUCAUGUUUCCUUCCCUCUACGGAAGAUUUGUUUGAUAUUAUUGACGAUGCUUCCUUCCGAAGAGAAGUAGACAAGUACUUUUGUUUUCUACAAAAAGAAACUUGGGAUUUUAAGGAAGUGAUUACCAAACUAGUUCAGUUACUUUUAACAAAGUAAAGUACAAAGAAGGCAAAAGAACGUUUUACAUUAGUUAUAAAUAUUUAAAGGACAUUAAGGACACAAUAACACAUUUUCGGGAAAAUUUAACAAAUAUAUCAAAUGUAUAUGUUAUUAUUCAUUUAUCAAGCACUUGUAUUUAAAAUGUAGCUCAUAAACAGUAUAUAUUUAUGUUAUCAGAUAGAAGUAUUCUAGAAUAUCAAACUCUGUCGUUUGUUGCUGUACUGUAUAUCAUAUUUGUAUUUCGUUCAAUGUUUUUGCAUUAAUCAGGCCGUUAGUUUUUA